AGAUCAACAAUAGAUUAUGUACUGGUACAACGCAUUAGCAUACGGACUCAUUCGUCCGGUCCGUCAAGGGUAAGAUCCGUCCAAGGUUGCAGCUUCACAGUAUGGAAGAGGACAGUCCGGAAGAGUUUCUUGCAGAGUUCAAGGAGAAACAUCUAGGUGCUUGGGGAAUUGUCCAGAUAACUGCUGGCACAGGGCUAGCUGUCUAUGCCAUGUGGGCAGGGGUUCUCAUGCCGGGAUUUCGAAAAGUCCCUCUGAGGUUACAGGUGCCCUAUCUCCCCGCCAGCAAGAAACAAGUGCGGAAUGUGAUGGCACUGCUGAGUGGUCGACAUGGUAACCUUGUGGACUUGGGCUCCGGUGAUGGCAGGAUUGUGCUGGAAGCACACAAACACGGCUUUGGUCCCACAGUAGGAUACGAACUCAACCCCUGGUUAGUUCGUCUAGCUAACUUCCACGCAUGGAGAGCAGGCCAUUAUGGGAAGGUGUCGUAUCGGCAGGAAGACCUCUGGAAGGUGGACCUUACUGAGUGUAAGAAUGUUACUGUGUUUUUGGCCCCCAGCGUGCUCUCUUUAUUGCAGGAGAAGAUGGAGGCUGAGCUUCCAGAUGACGCCCUGGUCGUAGCCGGUAGGUUUCCCUUCACUGAGUGGACUCCAUGCAGGAUUGAAGGAGAUGGUGUAGACAGAGCUUGGGCCUAUACCAUGCAGGCCCAAAGACUGCCAGCAGGGAAUGCUGUGCUACCUGUACCUAAAGAGUUGAAAUCACCAGUUUGAACUGAAAGUGAGAGAACCAAGUAACUGUGGGGACCAGGAAGACAUGAGACAUAAGCAUGAGCAUUUGUAUGAUGGAAGAAACCAUUGGUAGUCUGAGGAGGAGGGACAAAACAUUUUCAUCUACAUGGGUUGACACAAGUUGCUGACUGAGACCCACUCCUCAUAGUGUUGAAUUGGUAGUUAGGGACCUUUUCUCAAUUGGAUUUUCUCAAUUCCUUGCCUCCGUCCUCUCCUCGCCUUUUGAAAACAACAGCUGUUUCAAAGGGGGUGUGGUUGAUUUCAAAACUCUUAGAAUUGAGAAAAGACCAGGGAGUGAGAUGCCGUCUGAGUAUAUGAACCUGUCAACAGAAACUACCAAGCACAUGGUACAAUCUUUAAAAACUAUACCUCUUCCACAUUUUGUUACGUUACAGCCUUAUUCUAAAAUUGAUUAAAUAAAAACAUGUCCUCUUCAAUCUACACACAAUACCCCAUAAAGACAAAGCAAAAACAGGUUUUAGAAAUUUUAGUAAAUUUAUUCAAAAUAAAAACCAGAUAACUUAUAAACAUAAGUAUUCAGUCCCUUUGCUAGGAAACAUGAAAUUGAGCAAAGGUGCAUCUUGUGUCCAUUGAUCAUCCCUGAGAUGUUUCUACAUCUUGAUUGGAGUCGACCUGUGGUAAAUUUAAUUGAUUGGACAUGAUUUGGAAAGGUACACACCCGUCAAUGAACUC